AUGCUAAAGCAAAGAAACUUGCAAAUCCACAUUAAUGAGGAGGAAACAUUUCUUUUGGACAAGAAUAUCAUAUCAAAAUACUGUGGAAGGAUGAAAGCAAUCUUGAACCAUGAAAAGAGAAUGUGCUACAGCAAGACCUUGAGCAUUGAAAUCAAUGAUUUCCCUGGAGGGCCAGAAGGGUUUGAGUUGGUUUCAAGAUUCUGUUACAACCAUGGCAAAAUCCUCCUCAGUGUGUCAAACGUGGUUCUCCUCCAUUGCGGUGCCCUUUAUCUAGAAAUGUCCGAGGAGGUCUCCAGCAACAAUCUCUUGCAACAAACAGAAACCUUUCUUGAGAGAAUCUACUACUGGACAUGGAAUGAAAUUCUUGUGAAUCUCAUGAAGAACUGUGAACUAUUUCAUACAUGUGCAGAGAGUUAUGGUCUAUUAGAGAAUAUUAUUGGUGCACUCUUGACAAAAAUGGAUCAAAAUUCUGAAAGUGAUUCGGCCAAGAGAUUUUCUUAUUCAACACAAGUUACUCCCAAGACUAUAAAGUCAACUUGGGCAAACAAAGAGUGGUGGUUUAAGGAUUUGGCUACUUUACCCCCAAGAAUAAUUGAGAAGAUUCUCCAGACUAUUGGUGCCUACAAAACAGCCAACAACAACUCAAUUCUCACAAGGUUUCUGCUUCAUUAUCUGAAAAUAGUGACCCAAUUAAAAGAGGUUAAUUACAACAACAGUGUUGAGUAUGCUGGUCUUGCAGAAACAGCUGUUUAUGGGGUCAUAUUUGUUGGUAACAAGAGCUUUUCUUGUAGAGGCCUUUUUUGGGUACUAAGGAUUGUAUCAAGGUUUGGGAUGAGCAGAGAUUGCAGAGUUGAAAUUGAGAAAUUGAUUGGUGGGGUGCUUGAGCAAGCAACUUUGGAUGAUCUACUAGUCUCUGGGCACCAUAUGGGGCUAUAUUAUGAUGUAACAUUUGUGAUAAGAUUGAUUAAGCAAUUUGUUUAUAUAAAUGGAUCUGAUUGGGGGUGUGUACAGAAAUUGAAAAAAGUUGGUAGAUUAGUUGACAAGUAUUUGAUAGAGAUAUCCCCAGAUCAGAACCUGAAGGUCACUAAAUUUCUUGCAGUUGCAGAAUGUUUGCCUGAUUGUGCUAGGAAUUGCUUUGAUGGAGUUUACAGAGCCAUUGAUAUCUAUCUUCAGUCUCAUCCCAUGCUGGCAUUUGAGAACAGGUCAAGAUUGUGUAGAUGUCUUAAUUACAAUAAACUCAGCUUUGAAGUUUGUAAACAUCUUGCAAAGAACCCCAGAAUACCUCCAAUGAUUGCAAUGCAGGCUCUUAUUUCUCAACAAACCAACUUUCCAUCAAGUGACUUAGCAAUUGAGGAAAGUAAAAACCCCUCCCAAAUCAUUUUUUACCAUGACAAGACAGAUUCAUUCUUGGAAGAGAAAGAAGAUAUAAGACGAAACCUUGAGAGAAUGGAACUGAGAGUAAAGGAAUCGGAGAUAUUGUGCAAGGAAAUGAAGGUUCAGAUGUCAAGGUUUCACUAG